CCAAUAGAAACACAGGAAGCCUCAAGGUGACCAGGAAUUGCUGGCGAGCUGUCACAUCGGUGGGAACCAAGGAAAAACACGAAUAUAGCAGCCAAACACUUCUUCUCUUAACAAUUUAGUUCCAAGAUGAGCGACACGGAAGAGCUUAACGGGGCCGGUGACAAGCAGGACUCGAUCCCAUCGGCCAAGAUGUCUGGGCGAGCAUCGUUGCUAGACAGCGGGGAAGACUUCGAGAUUCUGGACGAUGAAGACGUGGACGACCCUCCCCCGCUGGAGGACGCCGGAGGAGGCAAAGAGGAGCCGGCUGGCGAGGGGGCGGUAGCGAGAGAAGCUCCAGUUGAUGAGUGGAUGGAUGUAUUAGGUAAUGGACAGCUGCAGAAGAAGGUUCUGGAGGCGGGGCAGGGCCCAGACAGCAAGCCCCAGAAGGGCCAGCAGGUGACGGUCCACCUGAGGACCAAGCUGGCUGAUGGAACCCUGAUCGCUGACGACCCAGAGCUCUCCUUCACCCUGGGAGACGGAGAUGUCACCCAGGCACUGGACCUGACUGUGCAGCUGAUGGAGAUGGGAGAGAAGUGUCUCGUCCUCACCGACUCCAAAUAUGCUUACGGCUCCGUGGGGAGUGCGGAGCCAGCGGUGCCCCCAGGGGCUGAGCUGGGCCUGGAGGUGGAGCUUCUGGGGGCCUUGGAGCCCCCCGACCUGGAGCUGCUGCCCCCGCAGGAGAGGAGCUCCUUGGCUGGACGCAAGAGAGAGAGAGGCAACUACUACUACCAGAGGGGGGAGUACGCCUUCGCUGUCAACUCCUACGCCAUCGCCCUGCAGGUCACAGAGUCCUCGUCUAAAGUGGACAUCAGCCCCCAGGAGGAGCAGGAUCUGCUGGAGGUGAAGGUGAAGUGUCUGAACAACAUGGCGGCUGCCCAGCUGAAGCUGGAGCAUCAUGAUGCGGCGCUGCGCUCCUGCGUCGCUGUCCUCGCACACCAGCCAGACAACAUCAAGGCUCUGUUCCGCAAGGGCAAGGUGCUGGCCCUGCAGGGGGACUAUGCUGAGGCCAUCAGGAUCCUCCGCAGGGCUCUGAAACUGGAGCCAAGCAACAAGACGAUCCACGCUGAGCUCUCCAAGCUGGUGAAGAAACACUCAGAGCAGAAGGGGGUGGAGCAAGCCAUGUACAGGAAGAUGCUGGGGAACCCUGACAGCUGCAGUGACAUGCAACCCCCCCGCUCUAGCUCCUGGGGAGUCAGUUGGAAGUGGCUUUUUGGUGCCACAGCAGUUGCCAUCGGAGGUGUGGCCUUGUCUGUGGUCAUUGCUGCCAGGAACUAGACCUCACUUCCUGGUUUCCUGAGUGCUCCGGAGUGGGAGUGUGGACUCCAGGCAGUGCCUUGACCCCUGACCCCAUCAGGAGACGAAGGGCUUGCCCUCCUCUUCCUCUGCUCUCUGACUACAAAGAUUGAGAGUUGUAUGUGACAAAUACUAUACAAUCAAAAUGUAUGUGGGAGUACCACAUAUGUAUGUAUAUAUGCCAUACACUAAUAGUUUAUUUGCUGCCAAUGUUUUGAACUCAUGUUUAGAGAUUUAUGGUGGUGAUUGAAUAAUGAAAUGAGCACUAAAAUGUGAUUCCAGAGUAGCUAGUGUGAUUAAGGUCCUAUAUUUUUAAAGACUGUACAGUUCUGUAAUUUGCUCGUUAUUUUUCUUUAUUCCAGAGGAUGUGUGAGGUUUAGUCAAUCCAGCAUGAUGAACACCAGAGUAAGCAAAGAUGCUGUGAUAUCUGUGAUCUCAUCUCCCACUGUUCCCAGGCAUGCAGGUUCUCUCUCAUCCUCCCCCUGCCCCCCCCCCCCCCCCUUUAUAAUUUGUAUGUUUCUUGGGAGGUUGUUAUAUUCCUGUUGAUUGCUUUGUGUUUGGUCUGGUGUGUAAUUCAGUUUAUUUAUUAGAUGUUUAUCAGUUUGUUUUACAGCCCACAUUCCGCCACAGAGCCCCAACAACUUCACAUUCCCAGAAUUUGUUAAUUUUCUCAAUAAAAGUUUCUUCUGUUAUUGCCAGUCAACCUAUUAAUUUGGUGUCCAA